AUUUCUGUCUCUUUCUUACUAAAAUGCAACAAGAGUUAUACCCAAAUCAACAAGAACCACUGCGUAGAUUUCAAAUAUGUGGAUGCAUGGACAUGUCUUAUGCCGGUCCACUUGUGUGCUUCUUGUGGAUGAUUAUUAACAUGUAUGCAUGUGUGCUUUCAUUUCAAGAUAGAAGUCCGGUAUACUCGCAUUUAAACCAUGCAUCAUUGGUAGUGCAGGGUGUCGUUUGUCUUUUCUUUGUAAUAUCAGCGCUUAUAUCACUUUACUCCUUUACACUGAAUAUGCCAAACCAAUUGCGGCGAUCUCAUCGAUCCACAUGGUUCUUUGUUAUUUUGUUUUUAAUUGUAUAUUUUGUAAAUAUGAUAAUAUUUGGUGUACAAAAAAUCGAGUUCAAAGAAUGGUGUGUAUCGAAAUCUCAACUUGAAACAGUGAGGACUUUGACUAUAAAUAAUAACACUGUACAUACCAUUGCUGGUUUUGAUGCCACUAAUGUAUCUGGUUUAGUAUUUAUCCCAACAAACAAGACAAUGGAUGCAUACAACUGUUCCAGAUUAUGGGAAGAUGAAAUGAAAUUUUCAGUAGUGAUAUUUGUUAUUCUGUUCACUCUUUAUAUCCAUUUCGCGUUCUGUUUCUGGUAUUAUACACAAGAUGUUAUGGGAAAGCACGAGCAGAUGUACGAGGCUUUCCAUAACCAACAGCAGGGCUUUAUUAACAGCAAUUUAAUGAACAAUUCCAUGAUGAUGAAUAAUCCAAAUAUGAUGAUGCCUACCAACCAGCCUAUGAUGAUGCCUACCAACCAGACCGGAAUGAUGCCUGCUAACCAGCCUAUGAUGAACAACAAUCCCAGUAGCAUGAAAAAUAGCAUAAACCCAAUGUAUUCCAACGAAGAAAAGCAGUAUGAUGAUGAUGGCCAAAAGAGUCUGGCUCAACUAGCAAGAGCGGCCUUUGGAAGACUCAGGUGAGCAGUUUAUGCUGCUCUGUGACGUUUGUCUUUCUUUCCAUUAGAUUUUCUUUCCUUAUUUUAUACAACCCAUAUCUCCCCUUUUUUCUCAUGACUGA